AUGUCAUAUCAUCAUGCUAUUCAAGGCUGGCAACAGGUCACCCUAAUUAUAACUCAACUUAUAGGACUUCUGUUCUCGGCCUUAGACGCAUCUAUCGUCUCAACCUCUCUUGUUACUAUAUCCAUUGAUCUCCAGAACUUCCUAGAUGCCCCUUGGGUCGUUCUCUCCUAUCUAUUGGCCUACCUUGGUUGCGCUAUUGGAUUUGCUAAGCUGAGCGAUAUCUUCGGGCGACGUGAUAUGCUAUUUUGCUCAUGGAUCCUCUUCAUCAGCUUCUCUAUUGGGUGUGCUCGCUCAACCACCAUGACUCGGUUGAUUAUCUGUCGAGCAUUCCAAGGAAUGGGUGGCGCUGGCUUGUAUAGCCUAAGUCAGAUCGUACUCUUCGAAGUAGGCCCAUCCGAUAAGCCUAGCCUAAUGGGUGGACUGGUAGGUAUCACGUUAGCGGUGUCGUAUGUGUUAGGCCCCAUUCUCGGGGCUGUAAUUUCAUCGACAAGCCAGUGGACUAUCAUAUUUUGGAUCAACGUCCCGGCCGGUGUGAUGGUUCUCGUUGCUAUAUAUCUGACAUCACCAACCGAACUUAUCGCACACCAGAGAGGGUGGAGUUCAAUUCGAAAAAUUGACUUCGUCGGGAAUAUUACAGUCAUAUUAGCAUGCGCUCUGCUAGUAUUUUCACUGCAGGAGGCCGGCACUUAUACAUAUCGGUGGGAUAGUACGACUAUUGUUGCAGCCUUGUCAAUUGCAUCUCUCAGCUGGGUAGCCUUCUUCACAUGGGAGAUAUUUAUCGGCCUUAAAGGCAGGACACAUAUUGAGCCUAUAUUUCCCCUAAGGCUCUUCUUUCGACGAGUAUAUGCGAGUUGCGUCAUAUGUACGUUUUGUACCGGCUUCAUCUACCUGUCUGUUCUCGUCAUCCUCCCCGAGCGGUUCCAAAUUGUUAGCGGAGAGAGCGCGCUCUAUUCGGGCAUCCACCUUUUACCACUGUUAGGUGCAACUUCUUUUGGCGCUUUUCUCGCCGGUAUUAUCUCGCGCAAAAGGAACAAUACAUCGUGGACGUUAAUGUUAGCUCAAGUUUUUCAACUUGUCGGCAUUAGCUUUAUGUCCACGCUCAAGGAUGCUACAACUGAGACCAAAGCGCAGUAUGGGUUCCAGGUAAUUCUAGGUCUUGGAUUUGGACUGUCCCUUGGGGCAGGAACAAUUAUGGCUUCGGUGCAGUCGCAAAGCCAAGAUCUAGCCGUCGCCCAAGGCGCAAUCGCGCAGGCUCGAGUAUUCGGUGGUGCUAUUGGGAUAGCAGUUUGCAGUAUCAUGUUCAACAGAAAGGUAACAGUUGAACUGAGCGGCAAGAUGGAUGCUGAAGACUUAGCUGCGCUACAUCACAGCCCAACCAUCGCUCCGUGGCUACCAGACGAGAUUAAACUUCUCGUUCGCUCCGUGUACGCAUCGGCUUUUACGAGUGAUAUUAAUAUCAUGAUUGGUAUUGCAGCGGUCGGUGUUAUUGCCAGUGCGGUCACUUACGAGCGUCGGCCACCUGCAAUGUCUACUAUCUCGCAGACUAAAGGGGUCUUGGGGGUUGAGGGACACAGUGAUACAGAGCUCAUAUUAGUGACCCCUCGAUAA